AUGGCAUUAUAAUUAUAAAGAAUUAAUGCAUAAAGCAUACUUUUUUACAAAAUGCUCCAUACUUUUACUAAUUGUGAACAGCAAUUGAAUAAAAUUUAUUGCAGGAGUUUUUGUGCUCAAAUUCUCUUGGGAAUUCCUUUGAGGACUUGGACUUCGUCUCAGGCCCGAAAACCUUCGACUUCUCCAAUCCCAUGAAACAAUUCAGCUCAGAGGAGAAAGAAACAGAACAAAAAGCUGCAAUAAAAGCCCAAAAAGUUGAGGAAGAAGAAGAAGAGAUUGAAGAGAAAAGUACAAGAAAGAAGAAGAAGAAGAAGGAGAAGGAGAAGGUGGCUUAUCCUUUUGCUGUGCUAAAGCCAACGGAGCUUGAAGGAGAUUUAACUCUUGCCGAUAUCAAUAAGCGCAUUCUCAGGCGGCCGAUGAGGCCGGUGAAGCAUCCGGUGGGGGAGUUCGCAUGUUUGCCGUGGGUGCCGGACGGUGGCGGCGGGGUGGGGCUUUCCGGCAAAGUGGUGGUGGGGCUUACAAGAAUACAGACAAAGGGUAGGGGUAGUAUUACUGUCAUAAGGACACGAGGGUGA